CGCUGUCGGUAUCCAGCUGUAUCCCGCUAACGAACAUUCUGAUUUUUAGUGCAGGUGUGCGUUUCAUUUAUUCGUCUUCGUAACGGAAUACAUUUUGUCUGAAGAAGUAAAUGAAACUCUAACGUGGAAACCCGUUUAUUGUGCCUUCUCUUGUCAGGCUCUGUGUGUUGCAGAGGACGGCCAUGUUCAACCCAAGUGAACUUGAAGGUGAAGUGGACCAUUCAUUUUUUGAUAGUGACUGUGCUGAUAGCUGUGGAGAUGGAGAAGGAAAGACCGAGAAAGGCUUGAAGUCUGAAAAGGAAAGCCCAGCUGCACAAGAGACAUUACAUGCAAAACAUGCUGAAAAUGCACAAGAUGAUCACUCUCCAAGGACUAACAGGAUAAGAAAACACCCGAAACAAGUGGAGAACAACAGCAGCAGAGCGGAAAGGAAAAUGAGGCGCAGGGCAUCCAGUGUAUCAUCUGUUUCUGGCACCUCAGAUAAAGUUAUAAGUGAUAGCAGUGAAAGUGAAGAUGACUCUAAUUGGCACUCUAAAAGGCCCAGUGGAACAUUUAUGGCUUUGUUGACUGAGGCCAGAGAUGUACAUGAUACGGAUGCCUAUAACCAGAGCCCAAAUGAGACUGAAGAAGAAGCAUUAGCAUUCAAGGCCAACACAAAAAGGAGAAAUAAACAAUCUCCUAAAAAACUGAUGAGAAAUCGGCGCACCCGGAGUCCAUCUCCUACUUCAACUGACACCAGUGCAGAUGCAGACUCUGAGAGUUCCUGUAGCAGUAGCAGCCGCAGGAGCAGUUUAGACUCCCCCACUCUCCCCAAACCCAACAAGCCGUCUUUAUGUCCUGAAGGAAGAAGGAGGUCAUCAGGAUCUCAGGAUUUGUCUAAUAUCCAUACAGAGGAGUCGGACGAUAGAAUGACAGAUGUGAGCCCUCUGUCCUCUAAUGACAUCAGCCCUCUGCAGUCGUUGGAUCUGAACCCCACCGAGGUUGGAGAGGAAAGCCAUAAAAAGCAGCAGCCUCAGCAGGAGAGUGUGCCCUCCAGUGGCCUUAGCAACAGGAAUCCAGAUGAGGAUUCAGAUCCAGACGUGGAUGAGUGCUCUCUCCGUCUAGAGAGUCAGCUUGGAAGUAACCUGGUCCUUCACUGUCCUGGAGGAAGAAACAGGAAGAACUACUCGUUCUCCAAUGAUGAAGUAAGGCGCAUAGAUCGGGAGAAUCAGCGACUUCUUCGGGAGCUGUCACGCCUUUCUCCAGGGCCUAGACCUGGAAGUGUUGUGGGGAAGAAAACCCGCGUGGGAAGUAGCUCGCCUCUGGUCCGCCUCUCUCACAGUGCACUGAACAGACAGCGGGAACAACAACGCAUUGAGAGGGAGAACCUGGCUUUCUUGAAGAGAUUGGAGUCUGUCAAACCUACACCUGGCCUGAGGCGCUCAGAACAACUGUCAGACUAUCAGCGUCAAGUUGGAUACCUGGGAGCUCCUUCGUAUCCCAUCUGUCGGACCACCACGAAAAACAAAUCCAGCAACAGGACAGCCUCAGCAGAUGCCAGACCAGUCAACUCCAGAGCAGCUUCUUCCACCACUGACUCCAGCAGCACACCUUUACCCAGGUCAAAAAAAGUGAAUCCAGCACGACCAGCCUGGUGCUGAGAACCUGACGUUUGACAACAUCUAAUCUACAAAGAAGCACGUGACUGGUUUAAUUUAGUGAUGUCUUGGUGUCUUCAUCACAAAAGGCCAACUUUAAAAAGGUACAAAGCCAUACUGAUACAUGUAUAGGGUCAUCAUAUUGACUGAAUCAAUGAUUGUGUUGUCAUGCUCAUCCAUUAUAAAGAAGAUGAAAUUAUCGCUGCUCUUGGAUGCUGAAAUAUAGCGACUGACUCACUGAUCUCAAAGCUAUUGUCAUUCACUUUGGUUGUUCAGCUGUGGCUUCUGAAUACAGAAGUAACUCCUAGCAAUACUUGCAUUUUUUCAGAAAAUAUUGCUUUUACUUUAACAGCUGUGUUGCAAUGGUAAUAUCAAAUUCAUUCUAUAUUGUUUGAGUGACUAAAAUUUCCAUUAAACAGGAAAUUUUUCAUCCCUUUUUUUAAAAAACAUUUGUAUGAUUCAUGAUGCAGUAAAUGUUGUGUUUACAUAAUAAAACUAUUUUAA